AGGCAAGAGCAAUGGCAAUACCUUUAUAAGUUAUACCUUCCUCCUUGACAAUCUGUCCCUUAUCCUCUCAAACCCUUAUUCCUCUAAAACCCAGUCUCUGUUGGAAAUCUGAAAAAACAAUGUCCUCUGCAACCACACAAAUCUUCAAGCCACUCUCUGGGGCGGACCCAUGUAUCUUCUCUCAACUAUCACUGUUAGCUUCCAUUCCAAGACCUCAAAACCCAACGUUGUCGCUCCCUGCUAGACCUAUCAGACUCCACCUCUCAUCUGCUCUUUGUCUAAAACACAAAAUUCAACGCUCAUCUUCGGUUGUCUUUGUUGCGCAGGCUUCUGGUUUGACCCAACAAGAGGAGGACAACACUGUGACCGUCACUGACCAAGAAGAAUCGACAUGGGAAAAUGACGAAAGUGACGGGAAUUGGGAGGCUGAGGGAGAAGAUUCUAGGAUUGAGGCGGCCGGAGGGGAUGAAGAUGGGACCUUUGACGAGGGUGGAGAAGAGGAGAAUUUUGUGGAGCCGCCGGAGGAGGCAAAGAUUUAUGUAGGGAAUUUGCCUUAUGAUGUAGAAAUCAAUAGCUUGGCUAAGCUAUUUGAGAAGGCUGGAACUGUUGAAAUUGCGGAGAUUAUUUACAACAGGGAAACCAAUCGGAGUCGUGGCUUUGGGUUUGUUACCAUGAGCACUGUUGAAGAGGCUGAGAAGGCUGUAGAAAUGUUUAACAGAUAUGAGUUAGAUGGAAGGUUCUUAACUGUAAACAAGGCUGCUCCCAGAGGAACCCUGCCUGAACGCCCUCCUCGUGCGUUUGAACCUGCUUUUAAAAUCUAUGUUGGAAACCUGCCAUGGGACAUGGAUAGUACUCGUCUGGGGCAAAUCUUUAGCGAACAUGGAAAGGUGGUGGAUGCGCAGGUGGUUGAUGACAGGGAGACUGGACGCUCACGUGGUUUUGGCUUUGUAACAAUGUCUUCUGAGGCUGAAAUGAACAAUGCCAUCUCUGCUCUUGACGGACAGAGUCUGGAUGGGAGGGCAAUCAGAGUAAAUGUUGCACAGGAAAGGCUAAGGCGUUUUUAACCCUAGAUGACAUGAAUCCAAGGUCUUCUGAAUGUAUUCUAUUACAAGCAUUGAUAUUUUUCUCUCUUUUUUUUUUCCCGGGAUAAUCCUUUUGUGGGGGUUUAGGGACAACUGAUAUUAGUAUUCAAUUCUCUCUUUAAAUGGAAGAUUUUGUUCGACA